AUGGAACUCUCGAUCAAAACAAACGUAGUCUGCCUAGAAAAGGAACGCAAGGCAGAAGAGUCUCGAAAAAAGCUCUUAGAAGAUGAGCUAAAUAACCCUGAAGAACGAGAACGCUUGGAAGAAUUAGAAAAAAGAGAUUAUUACAAGUACACUCAUGAGUUGACUCGUGUUGAUCACAACGAACAUUGUACAGGAUUUCUGGAGACCUUUGGGAUAACGAUAAAUAAAUCUUAG